AUGCAAGUCAAGGGCCACGUCUACUACGUCACUGGCGGCGCGUCUGGGCUGGGUGCUGCCACCGCCGCACACCUGCACGCUCUGGGUGCCUACGUGUCGAUCAUGGAUCUGCAGCUGGAGCAGGGUCAGAAGCUGGCCGACGAUCUCAACGCACGCGGCGGCGGGGACAAGCGAGCAGCUGCGUUCGAGGUAGACGUUUGCGAUGAAGCCGCGGUACAAGCCGCCAUUUCCGGGUCGGACAAGCUGUGGCCCAACAUCCCCGUCGGCGGCUGUGUCAACUGCGGCGGCGUGGGUAUGGCGGGAAAGAUCAUCAGCCAGGAGGGCGAGCCGUUUGACCUCGACGUAUUCCGCCGUACGGUGGAGAUCAACCUCAUUGGCACGUUCAAUGUAUCGCGGCUUACAGCUGCACGUCUGGUGCGUGACCUGCCCAAGCCGAUCCCUAAGCCCACGGAGGAGAGCAAGGAUCUGGGCGUCAUCAUCAACACUGCUUCCGCAGCUGCACUCGAAGGCCAGGCUGGUCAGUGCCCCUACUCGGCCAGCAAAGGCGGCGUGCUCUCUCUCACUCUGCCCAUGGCAAGGGAUCUGGCAUGGUUCGGUAUCCGCGUGAUGACGCUCGUGCCCACGCUGUUCGAAACCCCAAUGAUGGCCCAACUGCCAAAGAGGGCUCGACAGGCCAUCCUCCGCACGUGCGAGUUCCCGGCAAGGUUCGGCCACCCCGACGAGUUCGCCCUCUCGGUCCAAAGUGUCAUUGAGAACCCCAUGCUCAACGGCUCCUACAUCCGUCUCGACGGCGCCUCGCGUCUCGGAAAGCUCUGA